UCUUAGCGCUACACAGGAAGUGGGUUGGCGAAUUCAACAUGGCUGUUGUCUGCAAAUAGAGAAGGACUUGCCAUUAGCAAUGAAAUAGUCCAGAUCUACUACAUUAUAGGACAACUGACUAGUGCUGUUUGUAAGCUGCUGCUGACGCUGCUCCGACAUGGCGCAAUGUGUUCAAUCUGUGCAGGAGUUCGUCCAGGACUCGUUUGUCCCGAUGGUGGCCGCCCUAUGCAGCGAAGAAGCGGAGAGAGUGACUCGCAAAAACAAUCUGAAUUUCGCCGAGUUGCUGAGGCCUUUCUGCAGACUGACGUCCGAAGGUCACAUCCGGGACCCCAAUAACCAGUUGCAGGUCGUGAAAAACGUGCGUAUCUGCAUCAAUAAUGUGGUGACGAGCCCAAACACAGCAUCUGCUGCCCUAAGCCCCACUCAGCGCCGGCUGCUCAAUGAAGUGGUGUUAGCUUGUCAGCCGCAAGAGGGCGCUGUGACCAAUGCCAUCACAGCAGGAGAUUAUGACCUCAACUUCAGUGAUCACUCUCUUAAAGCUAGCCUCCCAUGGUACAGUGUCUGGAGAGAAACACUGUUGGAAGUCAGCACCUCAGAGCACUGCACAGCAACAACGCCCUGGUUUGAAACCUACAGAGAGAACUUCCUACAAUCAAUGCCUGCCUCUGACCACGAGUUCCUCAAUCACUACCUCGCCUGCCUACUGGUGGUGUCCUCCACUGAGGCAGUUCCUGUGGAGCAGUUCCUCAAGCUUUCCCAGGAGCAGCACAGGAUUCAGCACAGUGGAGAAUACACUAACCCCAAGUGGUUCAUCCCCAACACGCUCAAGUACUACGUUUUACUUCAUGACAUGAGUGAGGGGGAUGAACAGAGGGCAGAAACGGUGUAUGAGGAUAUGAAACAGAGGUAUGGUCCUCAGGGCUGCUAUCUGUUGAAGAUGAAUUCUCGUACCUUGUCGACUGAAGAAGACGAACAGAUUCCAGACCCCUGGAGUCAAUACCUACACAGGAAUAAUCUGCACAACCAGGAGAUACUUGAUGAUCUAACUGUGAAUAGUGCUCCAGUUGAGAACAGUGUCGGUGCAGCUGAAGUGGACUACCCUCACUCAACAGAAAAAGAUGGCGUGUCUAACAGCCUGGAAAGCCAUCCUCUCCAGCUAGACACAGUGAGCAGCCCUGGGAGCCUACAAACUCUCAGUGCAUUUAACACUGCUGUCAAGAAAGGUGCAAGAGAUCCAGAGUGUGUGGCUGGAGGAGCAGGGAGCCACGGGGCAUGUCUGACCCUGAACGACCAUGACCACAUCCGACAGUUCAUCCAAGAGUUUACCUCCAGAGGCCUCCUACCACACAUUGAGAAGAACAUUAGGCAACUCAACGACCAGCUGGUGUCCAGGAAAGGUCUGAGUCGGUCUCUGUUCACUGCAACCAAGAAGUGGUUUGGUGGUGGGAAAGCUCCGGAGAAGAGCAUCAGUGAACCAAAGAGCACCUGUGGCCUUCUAUAUCCCCAAGAAGCCCCUGAGUUGCAGAUCAGAAAGAUGGCCGACCUGUGCUUCCUAGUUCAGCACUACGAGCUGGCCUACAACUGUUACCACACUGCCAAGAAAGACUUCCUGUCAGACCAAGCCAUGCUGUAUGCUGCAGGGGCACUGGAAAUGGCUGCAGUGUCAGCCUUUCUGCAGGCUGGAGCUCCCCGACCAUAUCCAUCUCACUACAUGGACACCGCAAUACAGACGUACAGGGAUGUCUGCAAGAACAUGGUGUUGGCUGAGCGUUCUGCUUUACUCAGUGCUGAAAUACUCAAGAGUCAGGGAAAGUACUCUGAGGCUGCGACCCUCCUCAUAAAGAUGACCAGCGAGGACUCUGACCUGCGCAGUGCUCUGCUGUUGGAACAGGCCGCCCAUUGCUUUAUUAAUAUGCGAAACCCCAUGGUGCGCAAGUUUGCCUUCCAUAUGAUCCUGGCUGGUCAUCGUUUCAGCAAAGCGGGACAGAGGAGGCAUGCACUGCGCUGUUACUCCCAAGCCAUGCAGGUGUACAAGGAGAGGGGCUGGUCUUUGGCCGAAGACCAUAUCAACUUCACAAUCGGCCGUCAGUCCUUCACACUUCGCCAACCAGGCAACGCUGUUAUAGCCUUCAAACAGAUCCUGACCAAUGAUAGCAGACAGACGGCCACGCAGCAGGGCGCCUUUCUUAGAGAAUAUCUCUAUGUUUAUAAGAGUGUGAUAGGGGGAAAUGAGCUGCGCCUCCCCCAGCUGCCUCUUCCCUGUAUCCACAGCUCGGCCACAAGGGUCUACUUUGGACAUGAGCGCCGCUUUGCAGAAGGGGAAAAACAGGCAGCGACUCAUGUGUCCCUAGACCAGGAAUAUGACCAGGAUUUGGCAGCCAUGUGGUGCCGCCUUGAGGAGCAGAUUGUGGCUUCUGCCAAUCGGGGAAUUGUCCCAGCAAACUUCCAGCCCAGCCAGUGCUGCCUGAACAGCCAAACGGACAACCUGCGCCACCCACUGGCUGUGGUGGAGGAGCCGGUCAUAGUGGAGGUGACAUUUAGGAACCCUUUGAAGGUUCCUCUGGCUCUGUCCAACCUCUCGCUCCUCUGGAGGUUUACUGCUGAUGGUUCCGCCCCAUCAGAGGUGGAAACAACUGAAGAGUCGGAAGCAGAUUUCAUCACUAAUGAGGAGACCUUGGAUAUAGGGAUGACACAGAAAGAUGAUAUUGUCACCACUGAGACCAUCCUUGAUUUUCAUAUGGGUCCUGAGGAGACUAAAAUGGCCCGACUCAGGCUGUUGCCACACAGAACUGGACAGCUGAACAUUGUUGGUUUGGUGUACAACCUGGCUGAAGCCUCCCCUGGAGAGAUUGCUCCCAGCACUGAUGGCCAGCAUACAAUGGAUUUGAUGGUGGUUCGUGGAAAACAGGAUCUGAAGAUCCAGGGCCCACGGCUCAACCUGACCAAAGAGGACAAGAUGUUGGUUCGACAUGGUCCUGAUCGACGUCUGGAUCCUAUCAUAACGUCAUCCAUGCCCUUGAUGGAGGUCUUCUUCCUGCAGUUCCCCACUGCUCUGCUGUGUGGUGAGAUCAGAAAGGCCUACGUUGAAUUCUGCAACGUCAGCAACGUUCCUUUAUGUGGCCUGCGAGUGGCGUCCACACACCCAGAUUUCUACACCUUUGGCAGCCAGGCCACAACACCCCUCACGCCGCUCAGCCCGACCUCUGCUGAGAACUGCUCAGCCUAUAAAACACUGGCCAUGACCCCACAGCCAGGCUCUGUGGCAUCUGAGAUGUUGGUUUCAGCGGAGGAUUUCAGUCAGCUAUCCAGUGUGAUGGAGAUCCCAAUAGGGGGGAAGGCACUGCAACCAGGGGAGUCCAUCCAAUUACCUCUGUGGCUGAGAGGACCAGACCAGGAGGGGGUCCAUGAAAUCAACUUCCUGUUUUACUAUCAGAGCACGGAGAAAGGAAACAAAAUCAGUCAUCGGGUGUUACGACACACAGUGUUUAUCUGUGCCAGCCGGUCUCUGAGUGUGCAAGCAUCAGCCUCCCGCAGCAGUGUCCCUCCACAUCACAGUGUAGAUGCCAAAGGCAGUGGUGGAACGCUGGUCUUUAUUGACGUGGAGAACAUCAACACGAGUGAGUCUGGCGUGCGUGAGUUCCACAUCGUCCAGGUGUCCAGCAGCAGCCAACACUGGCGUCUCAUCAAGUGUAUCAACCCAGCCAGGGAUACAGACUGUAAACUCACCAGCAGAAAAAGAGCCAAGCUGUGUUUCAGGGCCACACGUUGCAAGCCCCAACAAGCUACCUCGGAUGCCAUAGAGAGAUACACUUUCGCGGACCUGAAUCUGGGAAAUGAACGGAUCAUCAGUUCCUCUACACCCUGUGGAGAUUUCUUUUUUCGAUGCCGUCCCCGAAACCCAGAGCCCAAGCUCGUGACAUCAUCCAGAACAUCAUCAAGCCAUAAGAUUCAGAGCCCUGAGGACAGAGCCGCGGACCUCACCAACAUGGUCAAGAAGUGUAACGAGCUGGACCUCAAUAUAAUUGUUAUCUGGAAGGCCUUUGUGGUUGAGGAUAAUAAACAGCUGAUCCUAGAGGGCCAGCUCCAUGUGGCACUGCAGACCAUCGGCAAGGAGGCCACUUCUCUCACUCCCAAAGAGGAAGCUCAGGAGAUGGUGCUACUCAAGUUUAAAUCAGAGCUGCCUCUUCCAGUCGCUUUGGGCUCUGUAGAGCUGUCCCAACUCAUCAAAACCAACCUGCACUACCCUGAGACGUACACACAUCCAUUUGUCCAAGAUAGUCUCUGUCUGGUACCAGUUACCCUGACUCUGUCAAACUGUUCCAUGGCGCUGGUGGACGUCUUCAUUGACUUGCGGCACAAAAGCACCAGCCAAGAGUCUCUGGAGGUCCACAACUCCUUCACGUGGGUGGGUCAGACCCAGUACAAGAUGCAGCUGAAGCCUCAGGAGGUGCUGUGCCUGACCCUGCGAGCCUGCUUCCUCCAAGCAGGAGUCUACAACAUAAACACGCCCAGAGUCUUUGCCAAGCCGGCCAAGCAGGUUGCUCUGAGUGAGACGAGUCAGCAGACGGCUAGUCCUGCUCUCAUUAUCAUCAACAAUGCUUGAGAAAAGGAUAUUGGGCUGCAAAGAACGAGUCUUGACUCUGUGAACAAACAAACCAAUGAACAAUCUCCCAGCGAGUAUAUACACAACCAUACUUGGUCUUCUUGAACAAUAGUGGACAGCAGGAUGCGCAGAUGUUUUGUAUUGAUUAUGAUAGAAAAAUGUUUAUUUAAAACAAAUUAAUGCAGUUUAUGGAGACUGGUGAGCUGAUGUUGACAGUUUAUACGCCUCAGAACUAUUGCGUUUCAUCAACAAAGCAUCAAAGAGUGUCACUUGCAUGUGACUUUUUCUGUACACAGCCCCUAUCAUCUUCAUCAACCUCUUCCUCACAAAGGUUUACCCCUGUACCAUCUGGACUUACAUACAUAAACUGUCUCCGUCUUCCCCUGUCACCAGCAUCUCAAACACCCACUUGUGGUAAGAACCUAAUGCAUACAUGUUUUGCUGGUGUUAGACCAGAAUAUUGACUCUGGUGUAAAACUAAAGUCUAAAAACUGACUAAAAGUCAGCUGCUCCUCUUGUGAACAAGGCAUUUCUAUGUUGAGCCACACUUCUAGAGGGUUCACAUCUCUGGGGUAUCUGCGUGUGUUUGGUCCAUUUCAGUUGGAUUGGCUUUUAAUCCUCAGUGGAAGGAUGCAGUUUAUGUGUUUUAACAACCUCAGCCUGAAACAAUACUGAACUGAUAGUCAUGAGUUGACUGAGCAGUUCUCUUUCUGUGACAUCCUAAUAUCUGUUUACAUCCUGAAUAUUGUACAUCUCACAACUCAGCUGCCUUCUUAUUGAGUCUACAGCUGUGAAGCCUCCAGUUUCUCCUGAAGUCCUGAGCAGAGAUGGAGGCAGACAACUGAACCUUGUCUUCCUGCCAUUUCUCAGUGUGAUCUACACCCUCAUUACCACAGGCGACCAUCAAUGUCCUUAUGUGCACACAGUUGAUUUCCUCAUGUCCAGCCAAUCAGCACCGCCCCCUCCUUCCAACCCAUCUCUCUAACCUCUCUGUAUUGUGAUCAAGCUCUUGUGUGCAUUGACUUGACAGCUUUUCUGAAAAGUAUGUAAUAUAUUUAUAUAACAAAGUGGAUGUAAAUAGUAAAUAAAAUGUAACUAAUGAUACUGUAUGUAUUGUGACCGACUGAUAUCUGGACAGCUCUAGUAUAUAAAACUACAGCUAUGCCAUUACAGCUCAAGGAAGUAAACUUCCACACAGGUAUGUUUCUAUGUUUCUCUGGAAAUUUGGUGGUUUCUUGUACAACUGUAAUUAAACAGACACAGUGGCUAUUUUA